AAGGAACCUUUCUUUUUGUUCCGGCCUCACUGGAGCAAACAUGGCGGCAGAGGGAGACGUCGAUUUGGACCUGGAAGCCGACGAAAACUGCACGGGAAAACCGGCAGAAAAGCCUCGGAAACAUGACAGCGGAGCCGCUGACUUGGAGAGAGUCACGGACUACGCGGAGGAGAAGGAAAUCUCCAGCUCUGACUUAGAAACGGCGAUGUCAGUGAUCGGAGACAGAAGGUCACGAGAACAGAAAGCCAAACAAGAGAGAGAAAAAGAAUUGGCCAAAGUCACCAUCAAGAAAGAGGAUGUGGAACUAAUUAUGUCAGAGAUGGAGAUUUCGAGGUCCGUGGCGGAGCGCAGUCUGAGGGAACACAUGGGGAACGUGGUGGAGGCUCUGGUGGCUCUCACCAACUGACCAAACCACAUUCACACACUGGACUGCUUCGAGACAAUGAGGCUGAACUGAACUCAGCGGUUAAACUGUUGUGGUGUAAUCUUUACCCCCAAAUCUUUUUCCUUUCUUUUUUUUAAAUAAAAGUUGCUCUGCCUUCCUUUGGUGCCAGUGA